AUGAGUGGAACACCAAGUCUUGGUGCUUUUAAUAAAGAUAAAGUAGCCAAUAAAUUUGGUAUACAAUUGAAACCUAAAGAUGCACCACGACGACCUUCAACAUCAUUAAUAGAAACAAAACCAUCGGCAACAACAGGCUCAUUGAAUCUAACAAAAAAUAAAACAAUCAAUGAUUUUCGUACGAACAAUAAUCCGAAUGGAUUUAUAUCAAAAACAGAUCGUCCAACAACAUUAAAAACAGUAGAACCAACGAAAAAACUUCCUGAAAAAACAACUACAACAAGUAAAUCGACUUCUACACUUUUAAAUACAUCCACUAAGAAUGAACAAUCGAAUUCAUUGACCUCAAAUGCCAGUCAUUCCACUACGAUAUCGAAACAACCUUCACCAUUAAAAUCUCCAAUAACUACAAAACGAUCAAGUAUUACAUCAAUUGAACGAGCUGUUUCACCAGCACCACCUAUCAAACGACCAAAUACAUCCACAACAACUACUAAAACUGAAGCUCAAGUUGAAAAUAAAAAAGAUCAACGAUUAGAUAGAAGACAAAUAUCAAAACCAUUGGAUAAUUCUUCAUCAACAGUAGCAACAACAACAGCGACCUCGACUAAUUCCUUGAAAAGGUAA